GGAGGUCCUGAAGGGAGAAGAGCAAUUCCCGUACGAGCCCGGUACGAGGGCCGGUACGAAGGGUACAUGAGCAGUGGAGGGCCCGCGCUUAGCGGGUAAGGUACCUAGGAAGCUAAGGCAGGUCAGUACGGAGUAGGUAAUACGGCAAACCACCUUUACCACCUCCCCUCGUGGUAAUUAGCUUCAACCGCUCUUAGCCCGAAAGCUCCCUCGCGCAAUCUGUCCCUUCAACCAGCUUCCCUUCUCUUCUCUCGACACAGUUUCGACAACGAUCCGCCUCACACACACGACCAAACACCACGUCUGCCUCUACCUCUUCCAGCGCAUUAUAUAACGAGUCAAACUUCGAAACCGAAUAACCGGGAAAAGGAAGCGUUUCACCAAAGAAUUCGCAUCGAGCAGACCACAUCGCCGCAACCCCUUCACAACUCAUCCACACAUACAUCACCACAAUGGCGCAAACACCCCAACAGAGACGCGCAAACGCAAAGUUCGCCAAGGACAACGAGUCCCGCAUGGGCAAGUCCGAGGAUCAGAUCAAGAAGCGCACCAAGGAGGCGCCCAAGUCGCCCAUCUCCCCUAUUUGGCUCAUCCUCCUUGGCUUCGUCGUCUUUGGUGGUAUUGUCUUCGAGGUCCUCUCUCGCAUGUUCGGCUUCUAAAUUGACCCGGCCGAUGUUCGUACUCAGUUACAAAAGCGAAUGAGGGUGUGAACGAGACAAAAGUCCGCAGAACAGGGGAGGCUGCACGAGCAUUGUGGUUUCUCAGUUCGCACUCGCUUCUUCUGAGCAAGCCUCCUCUGAGGACUUGAGCUCAAACACAAUCGCAGCACUGCCUUGGUUGCAAGGGGAGAAGGCGGUCAGGCAAAGAGGCAGCUCAGUCUCCCCUCGGCAGUGGGGAGGAAAAAAGGGGAGUGUUAAUUUCCUGGAACACUUGGAGGCAUUGAGCCCAUAUCCCAGACAGCACCUUGCUUCCAGUGGUGGGAACAAGUCUGUACAAAGAAAACGCCACGCAUCGCUUUCUUGUCCUUCGCCGUGGGAAAGCAAGAACACCUGGUUAACGGCGUACUGUAUUUGAAAUUUCC